ACAACAGUUAACCCGUGUGCGCAAUACGACGUCACGCCGCUCAGCUCAGUCAAACGCCGACAUCGUCCCAAAGAAAACGGCAUUACCCUAAGACUUUUUAUACACACAGCAAUGGAAGGGUGAUCCGAUAUUUUGAAAAACGAGUGAAGACAAAUUUUGGAAUUCCGCCCAAACCCAACGGGAAACUAUUCCGGAGAACUCGUAAAAGUUUUGCUUUUGCAUGAUAAAAUAUGGACAUGCCAAGCUAUUUGCCAAACGCUCAGGUGCAGACCAUGUUCGCUCAGCUGGGAAUGGUCAUUGGAAACGAAUACGUGUUGUCUAAAAAUUGUUAUGCUAUACUAUUGCAGAUACACACACAGCUGGACACCGAAGAUCCUAAUCAAAGAAACUUUCGCAAGAUAAUUGGAUUCUUGCAGCUUAUUCAGAAAGAUCUCAUACCCAUUCUGAUCAACGUCGACAAUGAUGAGAUAUUGGAACUUCUGGUCAAGUUACUGGCCAACAUCAUGAUGCCCAUUGAAUUUUUGGUGCCGACACAUCAGAUGAUCAGCGACGAAGCCGGUCAGGCUACGAUCAUUAAACUCGGUUGGCUGUUGACGUCUGGAAAAAACGCGUUUGUGAACAAAAAGGCCAUCAAACGCGUCACUCAACUGAUAUGUGAAAAAAGUGCAAAGGUUACCGACAGUCUGACGUAUUCCUGUCAUUUCGAAGUGAUCAACGAUUGUCUGUGCUUGUUGAAAAACGUACUGCAUGUCCCCAACAAUCAGUCUCAAAACCAAAUACUUUGGAUGCUGUUUUCUGAGAAAAUCGACGAGAUUUUGAUCAACUUGAUCGCCAACGUCAACCGUGGACAAUGGGCCAUGUUGAUCAUCGAGUUGAUCGCUCUGAUAUGGAAAAACCAGCAUGUCGACCAGAUGGCCAGAAAGCUGAGUACUUGGAACAAAACUAUGAUCAGUGACAGCUCCGAGGACAAUGAGAGCAACACGUCAUCGUCACCACGGAUCAACAACGGCGAAAAUUCUAUUGCGCAAAACACAUCCACUGAAUCUUCGACGUCUGACGAAUACGACAGUGAUCGACCGGCUGUCGUUAAAAAAGGCGACGAUGAACCUAUGGACAUACAAGUCGGCGACCACGUCAUGCCUCGUCCUCUGUUUAAGGCGCCUGGUUCGGUGGCAAUAGUUAUAAGCAAAGGAAACGAUACGACUAAGAAAAAUAUCAAGCUUGUCCCAGACGUGAACAAGAAAUGUAGCACGGCAAGAAUCGCGAUGACCAAGUCCGGCCAAGACUGCAAAAUGUCCGGUUUAUCCAUCAGUAAAAAAACAAAAAUGCGCGUGAAGAAAGUGAUGAAAAAGUCUAAGCUGAACAUGCGGAUUUCAACAGCCGUGCACACACCCACCGGAGACCAAAUAACGCACUUGCUUCAGAAGUUCACCGUCAACUUUAUGCGGAACGGCUUCAAUUCGCUGGUGUAUGAAGUUUACAAACAGUUAACUUUGCCAAACGCCCACAAGAAGGUCGACACAUCGCUGUAUUUCUGGAUGCUCACCUAUUUUUGCCGGUUCUGUAAAAUACUAGACGUCGAUUUGAAAACCGUCAGAAAUAUCGUGUCUUUCCGGUUGAUUUCGUUCAUGGCGCACGAAGGUCUCAAUGUGUUGGAACAGUUGUUGGUGGCUAAACGGCAGAAGGCCCACGAUCUGCACUUGCACGUCCGACACUUGCACUUGGUAGUCAUGGCCAUCAAAGAAGUGAUCAAAACCAUCGAGUACUACAGACAAUCCACUGUCGGGUCGCCCGUCUACGGGGAAUUCAUUGAAGAACUUAAGAAUUCCGGUUGUAACUCUCCGGAUUCGAUCACGUGGACGCAAGACCUCAAGUCGCUUUUCGCGCUGCUCAUCCGCCACUACGACCAGAAGAUACAGGUCAACGAGUACUUGCAAGACUUGAUCACCACCAACCACUUGGUCCUCAUAUUUUUCGACAACUUCAAAGACUUUUGGAACCUCAACGAGUGCAUACGGGCGCACGUCAAAAAGUUCGCGGCUCCUGACAUUAUGCUGAACUACGGGCUGGUACUGAAGAACCACGAGACGAAUAAAGAGUUUGUAAACGAGGCCGUGUUGACCAUGAUGCAUCACAUAGUGGGCGAGGUGGAGAACACUACUGUGCUCUAUCAACCCAUCAUAAUGAAAUCGUUCUUGGAGAUAUUGGAGAAGAAAGAAGACCUGUACGACAGAUGGUCGGACCUAGUCGAAUACGUUAUCCACAAGUUUCUGAACCUGUCCCAGUCGUGCGUGCCACUGUUGACGUUGGACAAAUCGCUGAAUUCACUGGAGCACAAUGAGUAUUUAGUCAAAGCAAUCAAACUACGGAGAACAUAAAAACUAAAUAUUGCUAAAUAAGAGAAAGACACUGAAAUAGUACAAGUAAUUUUAGCCAUUCAAAAUCAAAGUUAAUAAGUAUUAAGUUUAACGUUUAUUUAAGGUUUACUAUAGUCGUAAGAUUAUCUUUUUGAUGAUUAAACCUAAAUGAUUAAAUUGGUACAAUAAGAUAAAAAUAAUAAAUAACUUUAUAAGUAUACCUAGGUAUACUUAUCUA